AUGGCAUCAAGUGCAAAAGAACGUAUGUUGGGACAUUUAAAAGAGCAGCGUUUUCAGCCAGCAAGAGAUCAGCUAACCCCUCAGGAUGUUCAAGAUUUAAAAAUUGUUUUUGAUGCAUUUGAUGUUACCAAUAAUGGGCGUAUAGAUACUCGAGAUUUAACGCGUGCCUUAAGGGCCCUAGGAUUCAAAGUAACAAAGAAAGAUAUAAUCGAAAUGAUGACCGACUAUGGAUUAGACGAUAAAAGCAAAAUUGAAUUUGACGAUUUCCUACGAUUUGUAAUUGAUCGACAAGGUGAAAGUCGUGAUAUUAAAGAAGAAUUAGCUCAGGGAUUCAAAAUGUUUGAUGUAGAUGAUACUGGCAAGAUUACCACUCAGACGUUGCGUAAAAUAUGUCAAGAGAUAGGAGAGAGUUUUACGGAUCAAGAAUUACGGGAUAUGAUUAAUGAGGCGGAUCAAGAUGGCGAUAAUGCUGUCGAUGUCGAUGAAUUUACAUCAAUUAUGCUCAAAACAAAUCUAUUUAAUAUGCCUGAUUUAGCCGAUCAGUUGAAUCCAAGUUUGAUGAAGUAA